UCUUUUUUUUUUUUUUUUUUUAAUUUCUAAAGUAGGUUUUAAAAGAUUAAACAUUUUUCAAAAACAGCUCUCAAAAAUGACAAGCCUGUUCCGGCGGAGCAGCAGCAAUGGCAGCUCAAGGAACAGCUCUUCCGCCCAGGAACUCAACAACAGCCGGCCCCCCAGGCAGGUGCGACGGCUGGAGUUCAACCAGGCCAUGGAGGAUUUCAAGACUAUGUUCCCCAAUAUGGAUUAUGACAUUAUUGAAUGUGUUUUGAGGGCUAACAAUGGAGCUGUGGACGCCACCAUUGACCAGCUCUUACAGAUGAAUUUAGACGGCAGCGGUUAUGAUGACAGCUCGGACUCAGAUGACAGUAUUCCCCCAGAGAUUUUGGAGCGGACGCUGGAACCAGACAGUUCGGAUGAAGAGCCUCCUCCUGUCUACUCGCCCCCUGCCUAUGAUAUGCAUGUCUUUGACCGGCAGUAUCCACAAGCUCCACCGAGCCCCCCUCCCAGGAUUGAUGUACCCAAUUCGAGUGGCCCUCAGGUGCACAGACGGUACAGGAACUGGAAUCCACCAUUACUAGGCAACCUUCCUGAUGAUUUCCUUCGCAUCCUACCCCAGCAGAUGGACAGUGUGCAGAGUUCACAAAGUUGCCAUCAGACUGUGCCGGGCGAGGGCAGCCAGAGAUCCCAGGGCACGUUGGACCAAGAGAGGAAGUGGAAACAGUACCUGGAAGAUGAGCGAAUUGCGCUCUUCUUACAGAACGAAGAGUUCAUGAAGGAGCUCCAGAGGAACCGGGAUUUUCUCCUGGCCCUUGAGAGAGAUCGACUGAAGUAUGAGUCAAAAAAAUCCAAGUCGACCAGUGUUGCCGUCAGUAACGAUUUCAGCUUUUCUUCUAUACAACCAGGUGACAUAGCCCCUGUAACCAGCGAGGCCAGCAGUGCUGUGUCUGAAGAUGCCUUAUUCAGGGACAAAUUGAAACACAUGGGAAAAUCUACACGCAAGAAGCUGUUUGAACUUGCCAGGGCUUUCUCAGAGAAGACCAAGAUGAAGAAGUCAAAAAGAAAACACUUACUGAAGCAUCAGGUGAUGGGGACAGCAGCUUCCACAGCUAAUCUUCUCGAUGACGUUGAAGGACACUCGUGCGAUGAGGAUUUCCAAGCAAGAAGGCAGCAGCUACACGAGGAAGAGGAGAGGCCGAAAGAAGGACAAUAAAUGAUCCCAGAUCCACUGCCUGAACUGGGCUUUAUUUGUUAAAGUCUUAAGAAGAAGAUGGCUGCAAAGAAAAAACAAUUUCCUUGGCUCCCCCCACUAUCAUCCUCUUCUAAAGUACAAGUAUUAAAGUGAGGCACAAUUUUUUCUUCCCAGCGGGUUUGAAAACACCUCUUUCCUAUCCAGCAAAUCCAGCCAAAAAUCAGCAGCUGAUCUGAAUUUUUCUCAGUCACUGCAGUGAAGAUAACGGAUUUCAAGCUUGUGGGAAUAAUGACCUAUCCCCCACCCUCUUUGAUAUAAACAUGGUUUGGAUAUGAAUUAAAAACA